GUCGGUGUCGUUGGCUUUAUUGACCGGCUUACUCUGGUUAACGGUAUGAUGCCCCCUUGGAAUUACUUCUGCGCGGCCAGACAAGCAAGUACAAGUAUACAGUACGUACACCUUGAAAGGGUAUUUUUGAUGUCUCCAUACUAUCGGUCUACUCUUUGUUUUCGUACAAUUCGUAUCGUAUGCUAGCUAGCUAGCUACCAAGCAGCAAAAACCAUUCCAACCGUGACGAGGCAUGCUAUCCCUGAUGUUUUAAGCGUUGACGUAGGUGAAGCCACGGCAAAUUUCGUGCCUUCGCCCGGGAACACUGCACUUGACCAGGCCGUCUCAAACGGACACGAGUCAAAGCCGCCGUUGGUCAAGUGGACGCACACGCCACCACGCAGUGUAAUGUCCGACACGUUGGCGCACUUGCCAUCCUCGAGCGCAUCCAGUGGCCGCAUGUUGUUCCACGAAGCCGUCGCGAAGCUAGGAAUGAGGCGCAGCCAGCGCCAGAGGUUGUCGACAGGUUUCACGCAAGCGUCCGGAACGAUGGGUUUCGAAAACAGCUGCGCGAUGGGGACCCCGGCAGUGGUCACAAAUGGAUUGCCUUGGGCGGCGGCACAGCCCUGGUCGUUGGGGAUUUGCAGGGACGUAAGGAGGCGUUCGACAAGUUGGGCCUCGUUUCCCGCAGGUUGGGUGCUGGUGAAGGCUUGGAACCACGAAAAGCCGCAGGUUUGGUUGGUCGCGCCGUUAAACCCAGGGAAUUGGGUAGCGCACACGAUAUCUGUCGUGUAGUUAAGUAGUUUGAGGACGAAGGUGUCGAGGGGCAUACCCAGCAUGGUGGUGACGUUCGCCACAGCACCAGCACAGCAGGGGUUUGUUUUCACUUGGUCCACCAACGGAGGCAGAAUCGCCGCCCCAAGGCACGGAAUCAAAGCGUUGAUGAUAGAUACGCACGUGGAUUGGACGGCUGCGUUCGUGACAACCGGCCAGUCGUUUAAAGCGACAGAGGAGCCAGUGGGGGAAUCAAGUCGUUUGGCUUCGGUUUGGACGGUGUCAGACCAUGCCGUGGCGAAGGAUAGAGCGGCCAAACACAUUGGUUGCGAGUACGCGGAGGCGAGGAUAGUUCCAGCGAUCGCAUUCACGUCUAUCGCACCGAGGCAGCGUAGCCACGCAUCCGGCAGCCCCAACAUUUGUUGGGCCAUGUCCAUUUUGUUGUCCCGAUACAUAGCAUACAACGGACUCGUAGCGUCGCUCGGCAAUGGGCAGUAACUCAUUGCUUUCUGCGCGGCAAAGCCCGCCACGGCAGAGCAGUACACGAGCGAGCGCAUGCUUGGAUGGUUGUAAAAUGUGUCAACACAUCCGUGC